AUCACUGUUUUAGGCCAAAAAAUACAAGUUGGCUUUUUUGCAGUGUUGUUAAUUAAUGGUUAUUACAAGGACCUUAAUAUAAAGCGUUACUAUAUAUUUUAUGUGUGCCAGUGAAUCUGCACCUACUGCAGCACUGGCUCUGUACACCGGGGAUAACUCUGCAGGUGACUUCACGAGCCCCGCCCACUGAUUAGCAUCACCUGCUGCAGAGGAAGGACGAGUCCCGCCUCGCGUGCUCCCUCCCCUUUACCCGCACCUCCAAACGAACUUACCACAUUUAUUAUUAUUACCUGUGUCUGGCGCUCUUGUCAACUGAUUUGUUUAUUCUCUUCCUGUGGGGUGAGACGGUGUGUUAUCAGAGAUGAGAGUGUGGAUCAAGCGGCCGCUACUUGUCCUGGGGGGGAUUGGGCUCGUGGUGUACGUGGGCAUGUUUCUAAAGAGUGGAUAUGAGCACUCAGUGCAGUCUGAGACACAGUUCGACACGCUGCGUGUGAUCAGGAGUUUCUCUGACCUGGAGACAAGCAUCAACAAUCUCCAUGAUGUCAUCAAAGCUUUUGAGAAAAAGCAGGACAUCAUGCAGAAAAUCCUCGAAGAGGACAGAAAUAGACCACCAGCAGCAGCAGCUGUCAAACAGGAGGCAAAGCAGAAAGAGCAACCUGCAGCAAAGAUCCAGGAACAAAAGGAGGAGCCCAAAGAGAAAAAAUCUAAUAAACUGUUCCCAAAGUCUUCUCUGUUCAAGGAGUGGGGGGAGAAUCUGUCUGAGGACGACCAAAGAGAGGCACAGGGUUUGUUUGAGAAGUAUGGAUACAAUGUUUUUCUCAGCGAUCGCCUUCCUCUGGAUCGGGCUCUUCCAGACACAAGAGAUCCAAGGUGUGUGAAAAAAACGUACCCAAAGGACCUGCCGAGUAUCGGGGUGGUGUUGAUCUACCUGAAUGAGGCCCUGUCUAUCCUCAAAAGAGCUCUACGCAGCAUCAUCGACCGCACCCCUAAACAUCUGCUGAAGGAAAUUGUAUUGGUGGACGACAAUAGCUCUAACGAGGACCUGAAGGGAGACUUUGACGCCUACGUGAAGUCCCUGGAGCAGCAGAACCCAGGUCUCCGUUUUACUAGAGUGAGGCACAACGAGCAGAGAGGCCUUGCCUUCGCCAGGGCUUCUGGGUGGAGGGCUGCUACUGCUGACGUGGUGGCCAUCCUGGAUGCACACAUUGAAGUCCAUGAGCUGUGGGCUGAACCCCUGCUGACACAGAUCAAAGCUGAUCGAACUGUGGUGACAUCCCCUGUGUUUGACAGAGUCAACUUUGAUGACCUCAAGGUCAUUAAAUACUUCCCAGCAGCACACGCCUUCGACUGGGCUUUAUGGUGCAUGUAUGAGGGCUUUUCAGAUGACUAUAACAAACUCAAGGACGCUUCAUUGCCUGGAAAAAGUCCAUCCGUCAUGGGGAUCCUAGUUGCUGACAGGAAGUUUCUUGGAGAAAUUGGAGUCCUUGAUGAAGGAAUGAAAGUGUACGGUGGAGAAAAUGUCGAGCUGGGAAUUCGUGUGUGGACAUGUGGAGGCAGUAUUGAAGUAGUUCCAUGCUCCAAGAUCGCCCACAUUGAGAGGGCCCACAAGCCCUACAUGCCUGACCUGGCCCCAGCCAUGAAGAGGAAUGCCCUGAGGGUAGCAGAAGUCUGGAUGGAUGAAUACAAACACAAUGUCAACUUGGUUUGGAACUUGCCAUUUGAGAAUCAUGGAAUCGACAUCGGGGAUGUUUCAGAGAGGAAAAAACUCAGAGAAAGGUUGAAUUGUAAACCUUUCAAAUGGUACCUGGAGAAUGUUUAUCCCAAGCUGGAUCCCUUGGACAACCUUGUUGCAUUCGGAGGAAUGAAGAACCUUGAUGCUGACAUGUGCAUAGACCAAGGCCCAGUGCCAGGUCACACACCCAUCUCCUACCACUGCUACUAUUAUGGACCUCAAAUGACUUAUUAUCGCACAAGUGGUGAGCUCUAUGUUGGCGGCAUCAAAUCCCACAAGUACAAUGAAAAUCGGUGUAUAGCUGACGUUGGGAACAAGGAAACAGAGCCUGGCCUUUACCCUUGCAAAGAGGCCAUGCAGAAAGGAAUGGGGAUUUACUGGAACUUCACUCAGGGCAAAGAACUGAAGAACAAACAGACAGAAAGAUGUCUGGAGAUUAAAAACGGCAAACUUCUAAUACAGGAAUGCUCUGGCCAAAGAUGGGAAAUCCAGAACAUAAUCAAAGCCUUUUAAAGUGUGUGUGGCCAACAAGAAGUGCACUUCUCUGCUCAAAGAAGCAGCCAGUGUUUGGUGCCCCAACAGGCCAGGGUCCCAGGAUCAAUAGAAAACUGAACUGUGUGUAACUUAAUUAUUUUAAGUAUGUGAAGGAUCUUUGUGUUUUUUAAAGUCUUACUGGGUUAUAUAAUAACCUUAAGCCUUAAUCUCUCCUGGAGAACUUUGACACCGCUCAUGUCAAAGAAAAGGGAUAGUCAAAAUUGGGAGUUUGUGGACAUACAGACCAUGGGAGUUGGUAGUUUUUUUAUUUAUCAAUUGAGGCCAACAAAGUUUUGUUUUGUUGUGCUGAUCAUUGCUUUAAUCAUCAUUUGAAAAUAAAGUUGAUUUAUAAAGCUG